AGAUAAGCUUCUCUGUUUCAUUUUUAUAUUCGCCGGCGUCAUUGAAAAAUGAUUCGGCUAGUCUUAUCCAUAGGCUUACUAAUUUUUAAUGUGGAUUUUGUGAAAUCUGAAGACCCAACUUUAUCAGCCACUGUACUCGGAGGGGACCUGGAACCAUUUGAUAUCCCAUUGGAAGAACUUGAAAAAGACACGAAGCAAGUGACAACUCUCUCCGAGCAGUGCAAGCGAUUUGUGAACCAUUAUAGACACUACUGUCGUUCAUCCAACAUUGCUACGUAUAAUGAAGAAGUCAGAAUCAUCUGUGAACGAUAUCGUACCUAUUGUUCCGAUCGUGUUUAUCCUUCAAUUAAUCAUAUUCGUCGUCAAACAAAAUUCUGGGAAGGCGCAGGAGUGCCGAAGGCAACAAUUCAAGCAAUGUCCUCGUGUUAUUCACAUUGCAAGGAGACUGAUCCGGUUUGCGUAAACGCUUGCGAGUGCCUUCAUCUUCAAUGGAUGAUGAACUACGAAUGUUACCCGGGAACCCGUGCUCCUGCUUACAACAACUGUCAAAGAUGGGCGGCCAAGUGCCGAACGGUCUGGAAGCCCCGUACAGAUUACACGCCAGCUGAUUACAGGGAUAUGGCACCUCCGCCAAUUGUGAGAGGAGUCUUUUAUGGAUAUGAUGGUCUGGCAACACAUCGGACCUUUGAUCGUCCACGCGAUCACGGAGUCUCAUUCUUCCGUGGAACAAAUACGGUCCUUGUGGAUUGGCCAGAAGGAAAAGUUGCCGGUGGAACGACGAUUGAAGUACCAUUUGCUGGUGUUAAUGUCAUUCCUAAUCAAUAUAAUAUUGGAUUCCCCAAUAUGCAGAGGGCGAUGAGAGAAUUCACAAAACAAAACCCGGAUCAAUUGAACCCCGGAACUGGAAGGAUGUCAGCCCUGAGUGCGAUGUUAAGAAAUUGAUUUUUUUCUUAAACAUUUUGAUAAUAAUAUUAAUAUACUUAAUUUAAUAAUAAACUCAUUAGUUAGAUGAAAAA